AUGAUUGUCGAGAAUAGUAGUUUUCCGCCAGGAUUUCGGUUCCGACCGACGGACGAGGAGCUGCUGUGUUACUACCUCAGGCGGCGCGUGGAGGGCCUUCCCAUCGCAUGGAAUGCGAUUGGCGACGUGGACCUGUACAAGUCCGAGCCUUGGGAACUGCCAGCCAGAGCAACAUGCCCUAUCGCUGGCGACGUCGAGUGGUUCUUCUUUGCAGCCCGCGACCUCAAGUACCCAUCAGGGUCAAGGUGCAAUCGAGCCACAGCUGCUGGGUACUGGAAGGCCACUGGGAAGGACAGGCCAGUGUGUAUGCAAGUAUCAGGGUGCAACAGUGGUAGUGGUGGCAAAGGGGAGCAGACAGUCAGGCUGGGAUUCAAGAAGACGCAUGUCUUCUACACGGGCCGAGCGCCAGGAGGGGACAAGACCGACUGGGUCAUGCACGAAUACCAGCUUUCAGAGGAUUCACCUGUAGCUAGUCCUGCUGCUACAGACAUGACACCUGCUGCAGCUGCAUCAGCCGGAUCAGACCCAGCAGCAGCAGCAGACCCAGCAGCAGCAGCAGACCCAGCAGCAGCAGCAGCAGCAGCAGCAGCAGCGGCAGCAGCAGCAGCAGCAGCUGCACACGCACCUGCUAUGCGUGAAGGCAUCGAAGAUGGUGUGGAUGCAGCAGGUGGUGCUGUCAAUGACAGGAACAACAGCAGGAAAUAUGAAGCGACCAACCCAGACACCAGAGGUUCGGGCGGAGUAGCUGGUGGGUUGGCCGGCAGAAGCAGCAGCCAUGAAGCCAGCAUUCCAGAGCUUCAAGCUGGCAUCGGUCAGAGGAUCGACGCAGCGUCGUGGGUGGUUGUGCGGGUGGUCAAGAGAAGCUCCCUCACAGCUGAGGAGCAAGCGAUGGCAGCACGUCAGCGGGUGACAGCAGAGCAGCAGGGACGGCUGCCUGUACAGGGAGUGAAUUCGUGGCCCUUGGUGCUGCAGCGAGGGAGCGGAGCAGAGCAGCAACUGGGUGACGCCGGGGAAACGUGGGAGGCGCCUCAAAAAGCAGCACAGCAGCAGGGAGGGCUGCCUGUACAGGGUGUGAAUCCGUGGCCGUUGGUGCAGCAGCAAGCGAGAGGAGCAGAGCAGCAACCAGGUGACGCCGGGGAAACGUGGGAGGCGCCUCAAAAAGCAGCACAGCAGCAGGGAGGGCUGCCUGUACAGGGUGUGAAUUCGUGGCCCUUGGUGCAGCAGCAAGGUAGAGGAGCACAGCAGCAACUGGGUGAUGCUGGGGGGGGUAGGAGAACAGGUCUGGCUGAUAAUGACGGUGGUGCUGGGACGGUUGGGCUGCCUGUAGAGGGUGUGAAUCCGUGGCCCUUGGUGCAUCAGCGAGGGAGCAGAGCAGAGCAGCAACCGCAUAAUGCUGGGGGGGAUAUGAGAACAGGCUUGGCUGGUAAUGAAGGUGGGGCUGGGAGCACAGGUGGUGCUAGCGGCUCAGGUGGUGGUAGUGGCUCAGGUGGUGGUAGCGGCUCAGGUGGUAUUAUGGGUGGUGGUAGCGGCCUAGGUGGUGCUUACGAUUCAGGUGGUGCUAGCAUUUCAGGUGGUGCUACGGGCUCAGGUGGUGCUAGUGAUUCAGGUGGUGCUAUCAAUUCAGGUGGUUCUAGCGGCUCAGGUGGUGCAUUGCAGCACGAGUUACUGCAAGCUCUCCACCACCAGACUACGCCAUCCCCCAAGCAGCAUCUGCUCGGAACGAAGCGACAGAGAAGCAGCGAUGGCGGUGCUAGCGAUUCACUUGGUGCGAGCGGCUCAGGUGGUGCUAGCGGUUUGGGUGGUGCAUUGCAGCACGAGUCACUGCAAGCUCUCCACCACCAGACUACGCCAUCCCCCAAGCAGCCUCUGUUCGGUACGAAGCGACAGAGAAGCAGUGACAGUGGUGGGGUGGAAGGUGGGGAAAACAGGGAGCAGGUGGAAAGGAAGGAGGAGGAAGGCCGGGAGGGGAAUGACUGGGCGGGCAGGAGGAGCAAGCUGGGAGGGCUUGUGGUGGGUACCAGCGAUGCUCGCAUUGAGGUUGAACCAAAGGAGGAGCCGGUUGAGGUAUGGCCGAUUAUGGAAGGGGGGUCAAUAAUGCGUGCGGGGGAGGAGCACCCACCUGGUAGUAGUGCUGGCUCAGCAGAGUUAGGCAACAGAGCAGCAGGUGAAGAGAUCCCCCGGAAGGAUAUCUACAAGGAUAUGCAGCACCUGGCCGAUCUUCUUAAGGUGACUUUUGAGUCGACUCAAAAGUCACCUGGUUGUGCUGCUGGCCCAGCUGAGUUAGGCAGCGGAGCAGCAGGCGAAGGGACCUGCCAGAAGGAUAUGCAGGCCCUGGCCGAUCUUCUCAGGUCUCUCUUCAAAAAUCAGGUCGUGACCACUGCAGAUGCUGCUAGAAGAGCUUUGUGGGAGAGCGGAAGGCCAGAGGUCGCUUCAGGAGGGCUGGAAGGGAAAGGGAAAGGAGGAGGGGGCGAACCAGCAGGGGAGAAACUGAUCGGUGCACGGGUGGCGGCAGCACGUGUGGGAGUUACUUUUGAGGCGCCUCAAAAGCCAGCAGGGACAGAACCGACUUUUGAGGCGCCUCAAAAGCCAGCAGGGACAGAACCGACUUUUGAGGCGCCUCAAAAGCCAGCAGGGGCGGAACCGAUCGGUGCACGGGUGGCGGCAGCACGUGUGGGAGUUGCAGCAGAAGGGGUAGCAGCGACAGCAAGAGGAAGAAUAGCGGACUUGGUAGCAUCGGUAGAUGGGUUGGAGCUAGCGCAUCUAGUGGCGCUUCUACUGAAUGUGGAGGGGAAAAUGGGCGUCAACAGCGGCAUGGUUAGCGGGUUGAAUCGGAAUCUCAUUGGGAAUAGGAUCGGCUCCAUUCAGCCCGUAAGCAGUGGCAUGCACAUCAGCCAACCACCUGUGGGACUGGCACCAUCCUUGGCACUUGCAUCAGGAGAGACACCUGCACCAUCCGUGACACUUGCACAAGGAAUGGCAGUUCCACCAUCCUUGGCACUUGCACUACGAGUGGCACCAGCACCAUCCGUGGCACCUGCACCAGCUGUGGCGCUGAAGUUUUCCCCAAUCACAUGUAUGCAUGGCAUGCCUGAACGCUCGUUUGCAUCAGGGGAGAGGGUUUCUGUGGCAAUGACCGCAGUGUAG